GACAUUUGCGUACAUCAGAUUUUUAUCAGUAAAUUUUGUGAAAAUAUAAAUUUCGCAAAUAUUGAGAUAUAAUUACUAAAUAAACUAUUGCGCCGCAGUAAGAUUCUAUUAGUUUAAUUCUAAUAGUGUACACUAAUUUUAUUCAACAAAAUGCAACACAAGUACAACAACAAAGUGGACAUUUGAUAUUCACAGCAGGCAACAAAUUUGCUAGCCAAUAAAGGCUCUAAACAGAAAAGCUAAUCAAAUUAACAAAAAAAGGCAAAUAUUUGAAAAAUAAAGUAAAGGGAAUGUGUUCUGCGAGAAUGUCACAUUCUAGCCAGGAAAACACAAAAGAAAGUAGUAAUAGUGAUGUACAAGCAUUUCGAAUGCCUUUUGUGCCUUCGGGACACAUCGAAACGCCAGACACGCCGUGCUCAGGCGAUUACUUAUCUAUGCAGCCUUUUAUAGAUUUUGAAGAAAUUGCUAUUAAAGAGAAAUGUGGUCAUGGUUCCUACGGUGUUGUGUACAAAGCUGUUUGGCGUGAUCGUUAUGUGGCUGUGAAGGAAUUUGUUGCUACCGCUGAACAAACAGCUAUAGAAAGAGAAGUCAAGCAACUAUCCAGAGUAUGUCAUGAUAAUAUAAUAAGCUUAUAUGGCAUAUCUGCUCAUAACCAAUCCAAAUACCUAGUUAUGGAAUAUGCUGAAGGUGGUUGCCUGUAUAACUUUCUGCACGGCAAAGUUAAACCACAUUAUCAGCCUGCUCACGCCAUCAGUUGGGCAUUACAAUGUGCUAAGGGUGUUGCUUAUCUACAUGCCAUGCAACCAAAUCCUUUGAUACACCGCGACUUAAAGCCCUUAAAUUUGUUAUUAACUGAUAAAGGUAGACAUUUGAAAAUAUGUGAUUUCGGUACAGUGGCAGAUAAAUCAACUAUGAUGACUAAUAACAGGGGUAGCGCCGCUUGGAUGGCACCUGAAGUUUUUGAAGGUUCCAAAUAUACUGAAAAAUGUGAUACAUUUAGUUGGGGCAUCGUUUUAUGGGAGGUUCUGUCAAGGAAACAACCAUUUAGUGAAAUCGAUAACUCCCUCACUAUAAUGUGGAAAAUACACAAAGGUGAACGUCCGGAAAUCAAUAAAGACUGGUUUUACAACUUAAUGAAAAUGUGUGAUACAACAGCCUUAAUUUCUGCUAAGCAAACAGAUCUCCACAACUGCUGGAUUAUAUAUACCAAAAAUGAUGGCAAGGAACGUCUCACCGUCACAGAUGCCAAACCUAUGAUAACAAACGCCAAUUUGCCUAAUAGAAAUUCACGCCUUAACCACGCUGACGAAGUUGAAACAGAUGAAGAUGAAAAUGAUGGCACUGAUCAGUCUUUAGCCGAAAUGCUGGACCCUGAGUUGCAGCCGGAACCACCCAUACCAAAUAAUUCACAAUCACAAGAGAUAUACCUCGAGCACCGACGUUUAGCCAAAGAAUAUUUACAAGUCGAUACCAAACUAUACUACGCGCAGGAUUUUAAGGAUAAGCUACUAAUACAAAUGCCGCCACAGGAAAGAGAACAGAAGCAGGAAUUGCUUAAAAAAAUGAGUGAAAAGGAAGAACUCAUGGAAUUAUAUAACAAUUUGAAACUGCAACUGGAGACAAUGCGUGCUGGGCAAACCGAUACUGUGGCUCCCACUCCGAUUCCAAAUCAACGUCAGAUAAGUCAAAAUGAGGUUGUUGCUGAGGAUGGUUGGGUUGUGGUGCCACCGAAUUCGCAGAAUACAUAAGGAAACCUAAUUGGAGCUUAAGUAUUCGGUUGAAUUGCUGCAUUCAUUUAUUUUGAAAUGAACGUAUAUGUUUUCUUUUCCUUUUUAAGUUUAAGAAAUCCCAUUGAAAACUUUGUGUUUUUGAUAGUCUUAUAUUCGUUGAAGAUGUCUUGUCGGAUAUGAAUGAAGAAAUUGUACUUAUAGUAUAAUAUUUUGUGUGUGUGAAAAACAGUGUGAUAGAUUAAAGUUAUGUGAUUAUCUUAUAAAUA